UGGGCAUUCACCAGCACCUCUCCCUCUUUUUUGGCAGCACCCACCAGAGCCACAGAUCCAAUGCAUGCUGGAUGUGGGAAAAAAAGGAGGACUUCUUUCCUGAGUGAGUUGAAGUAGCGCUCAUGCUGAGGUUUUCACUCGCAGGGAUUCUAGCCCAACUAGAUUCAUUGCUAAUCCAGCAUAAGAAGAGCGUAAGCACAAGUUGCUGCCGGACUGAGCGGCAUGCGCUUGCUUUUUUGUUUUGUUUUGCCAUCAAGAGACUCGGGCCUGGUACUACCUCAGGCCUCUUUCAGAAUGUGACAGCGCCACCUUUGGAGGCAUUCUGAGACACAUUGCUUGAGGCUGGAAAUUCAUGGCCAAAUGUAGAGUUGCAGUGGCCGACCAGAAGCAGCUCACAGGCACGAUGUCGGCCAACCAGGGGAUGAACCGCCGUGGCGUCUACAACUACUUCCUCAACAUGGUGGCCUAUCAGAUCUGCUGCUGCUGUGGACCGGCUCCCUGCUCGCUCUGCUGUGCCUUCUGUCCUCCCGUCAAAUCGUCCACCAGCACGCGAAUCAUGUACACCCUCUUCCACAUCAUGAGCUGCGCCGUCUCCUGCCUCAUGUUGUCACGCACCGUCUCCGAGCUGGUCAGGGAAAAUGUGCCUUUCUUCAACGUGAUGUGUGACCAAGCACACGGCGGAGGUCACUGUGAGAUGCUAGUGGGCUACUCGGCAGUCUACAGAGUCUGCUUUGGCACUUCCUGUUUCUACCUGAUGAUGGCCAUCUUCCUCAUUGACGUUAAGUCCAGUCAGGACUUCAGGGCGCUCAUACACAACGGUUUCUGGUUCCUGAAAUUGAUCACACUGCUGGGGAUGUGUGCUGCUGCCUUCUUCAUCCCAACUGAAUCCUUCCUGCAUGCUUGGCAUUAUGUUGGCGUGGUGGGAGGAUUUGCCUUCAUCCUCAUCCAACUUAUCCUUAUCACGGCUUUUGCACACACCUGGAACAAAAACUGGCUUACCGGAGCAGCAGAAAAUAAACGUUGGUACUUGGCAGUGACGUGCGCCACCCUUUUCUUCUACACCAUCGCCACCAUGGCCUUCACCUUCAUGUACAAGUACUACACGCACCCCAUUGCCUGCCAGUUCAACAAGGCCCUGCUGUGGAUCAACCUGGGACUCUGCAGCCUCAUGUCCUUCAUUGCUGUCACGCCGUGUGUGAAGCAAAAGCAGCCUCGAUCAGGGCUACUCCAGGCCUCCAUUAUCAGCUGUUAUGUUAUGUACCUGACUUUUUCUGCACUGUCCAGUCGCCCUCCUGAGAAAGUUGUGUAUCAGGGCAUGAACAUGACUGUCUGCUACCCCAGCGUGGGACAAGAUGGCAUUCAGAAUGAGGGCAAUGCCGUGGCCAUCAUUGGAGCUGCAAUCAUGUACUGCUGUGUUCUCUUUGCAUGCAAUGAAGCCUCCUACCUUGCUGAGGUAUUUGGUCCCUUUUGGAUGAUCAAGGUUUACCGCUAUGAGUUCCAGAAAGCCACCUGCUGUUUCUGCUGCCCUGAGGAGGAAGAAGUUGAGGAAGAGUUUGUGGUUGACGACGACAACAACAAAGGGUGUCAGAAGGUCAUUCACAACGAGACCCAGAGGGUCGCUUACAGCUACUUCUUCUUCCAUUUUGUCUUCUUCCUGGCCUCACUAUACGUCAUGAUGACCCUCACCAACUGGUUCAGCUACGAGUCAGCAGUGCUGGAGACCACCUUCACCCACGGCAGCUGGUCUACUUUCUGGGUGAAGAUGUCGUCGUGCUGGGCUUGUGUGAUCCUCUACCUUUGGCUGCUGCUGGGCCCUUUGUGCAGCUGUCAAAACCAGCCCAGACCUCGACGCUCGCGCAUUAAACGCCGCUCGCCGUCCUCCCGUCACGUCAAUGUCAGCGUCUGACCAGAGAAGGGAGGAAGGUCACAUGUCUUUCUUUACCCUACCGAGGACAUUUUUUCCAUGGAUGGAAGCCACGUGGGUGAAGGGUGAAAGACUCACAUCGCAGUGAGAUGCUCUGAUGUUUUCUUGAAGACUGUAUGACUUGCCAAAGUGAUGAGAUGAACUGUACGGUGAUGGAAAUACAGCAAAUCAGUGGACACUUUUUUUUACUUUCUUAUAAUAACUAAAAAAAAGCAUCUAGCUGUUAGAAGUGGACUUAAAAAAUAUAUUUUUUGGAUGUGUCACGAAGUCAUGUCCUGCUUGUUGUUAGUGAUAACAUGUUAUUAACCAUAAUUGUGAUGUUUACUUAGACCAAGGGUGUCCAAAGUGCAUUUGUGGCCUGUUGCUACUAUUUGAUUGGCCCUCAAUAAAUAAAAGAUAACAAUAACAUUAAUUUUUUUAAUUAGAUAUAUUGUUAGAUUUUACAAUAGUGUUAUUUUUACAUAAAACAUGGAUAUAUUGUCAUAUUUGGCAGCUUUAAUGCACAAAAAGUAUCAAAGUGAUUCCGUUUCCUUCAGUUUUUAUGGACGUUUGGACACCCCUGACCUACAGUAGGGAAGGGAUUCAUACGGCCUCACACUGCAAGUUAUUUGCCACUCACCAAGAUUUAAACAUGUAUUUCUGGAAAUGUCACUAAUUUUAGGAGCUACCGUAUUUUUCGGACCAUUGGGCGCACAGGAUUAUAAGGUGCACUGCAGAUGAGCAGGUCUAUUUCAGGUCUAUUUUUGCAUAAUAUUGCAAAACAAAACACCUAAUAGGUGCCAUUUUGGGGUCCUUAUAUGCACACCAAUAUAAUAACCGUAUGUUGAAGCACAGUACGUUUGACUAUGGUAACUGUAAUGCUCUGACAAUCCAUCAAGCGGUGCCGCUUCAUAGCUUACCAAAGUCAUACUAAAACAUUUUGACAGAUUUUUAAGCGCAGUGUGUAAUGUUCUAUAUUCCCAAUGAAACAUCAAAGUUUUGGUGUUGCUUGCUUACAGCUACUUGCUAGCAUCAUUUGUUGAACUGGCAUCAACCUGUAGUCCACAUGUAGCUCUUAUGUGUGACUGCCAUCUACUGGUCAGUAAGCACAAACAGAAUGAAUACCUACAUUAGGUGUACCAAGUUAUAAGGCGCACUGUCAAUUUUUAAAACAAUUAAAGGAUUUUAAGUGCACCUUAUAGUCCGAAAAAUAUUGUACUUACUUAUUUUUAGUAAUUGAUUCUGCAUCAUAAUAUUAAUUUUAGCAUGAAUAAUUAUAUUUUGUCUAAUCUAGUUUAACAAUGUUAAAAUUGAGAAAAUAACUAUUCAAAUAAGAUAAUUUGAUUGUAUAUCUUUGUAAGCGAGCCUUAUUAAAAGAAAAUAAUGAUAACGUGGCGGACCGACUUGAGCGGGUUUUACUUUUAUGAAGUUUAUGAAAAUAUCAAAUGUGAUUUUUUUUUUACUUUAAAUGGAACAUACAUUAGGGAAGGGCUUCAUAUGGCCCUGUUCCUGGGUGGAUCUCGUGGUAGAAGAAGAGGUGGGGUUAAUAAUUUUGCAAUGCAGUCUGCUGAAAAUGAUGGAAAGCGCCACUCUACAUAGCAACUGGUGGUGUGGACCAAGUUGGAAUUGCAACAAAACACAUUUUGAGAUAUUCAGCAUUCUACUAGCGUCUGGCGGCUAAAGUGGUUAGUGCAACCCCCAAACUUGUCACGUUUCAUGUGUCAGGUUUAACCGCGAAAAAUGGGGCCAUAUAAAUUCCCUUCCUACUGUAGGAAGUCUUUUAAGACGACUAAGAAUAUUAUUUUUACACUUUACAUGUUUACAUUUUUUUCUUUAAAAAAUGACCACCUAAAAGGUCAAAGCUGUGUCACAUGUUAUAUGAUAUUCCCUCUUGUACACCGCACAUGCUGAUGUAAUCACGCACAUGUUUUAUUCCUGUUGUUUUGCAUACAGUAAUUGUACCUGAAAGAAGGCUCAAUGUGUGUGUGUCAUCAACACACGUGUCGUGUGUGUGUCAGUCAUCAGGUUGUGGUCAUCUGCAAAGGUUUGCAUGAAGGCAACUAAACUCUUCUUGUUUGUUGAAGACCAUUUCACUUUUCAUUCAAAAGGAUUCUUCAGUUCUGAUUUGUAGGUGUGUAGUCUCCCUGUUUAUGUCUGGUGGGUGUGGGACCGCCCUUGGCUAAUGUGGGGAGCUAAGCAGAAUUGUUAUAUACAUAUACACAGUAUAUAUUUUUAUUCGUACAUUCCAUUCAGAAGAUAAAUACUCAAAUGUAAACUGAUGAAAUUGUGAUAGAUUCCAACUCAUGUGGGACCCGGAACAGAAGAAGUGGUAUAAAAAUGAUAUAAAUCUGUCUUGUUUACAUGUUAUUUGCUAGUCAUGUUUACGUGGUAUUUGCUAGUCAAGAAGAGAAUGGGCGAAAAUUGCGGAUUUUUUUGUUUUUUCUUCCAUUUGAGCAUAUUUUUAUGUCAAUUUUUCUAUUUUCUUAUAAUUUAUACUCUUUUUUUUUUUUUUUUUUUGGGUAGCUGCUGCGCUAAUUUGAUGGCAAAUCUUGGCUGCAAUGACAUGCAGCUUUUGAACAAUCAAACAAAACAAAAACAAUAUAUAACAUAAAUGCAUUUUGUUACCUGCAGGUUAAUAAUACCGUGCUUUUAUUUUGAAGCUCACUUUACAGUUUUGAUGCUGUAUAACUGGAUGACAGUUGUGUUGCUGCUGUUGUUUCAUGCUUAUUUGUGAUCAUGGAGAAGUUACUGUAACAACACAUGUUGACAUAAACUGACCUAUUUUUCAAAAUAAUUCCAAAGCA